AUGUGCUACCAGCAAUUAGACACCAAGCUCCUGGACACCCCUAAAAGCCAGUGCCGCUAACGCUGCUCCUGGACGAAGCUAAUACGUCGCCGUCUCGCCACGCGCGCUCGGCUCGUCUUACCCCAUCCUUAGGCAUUUCGUUACCAGAGCGGGGCAGUGGCGGAUCGCCGUUGCGCAUGCGGCAACGGCAGAGACGGGGGGCGGCGGCGGCGGAUUGCGGGCCUGCUAGCGCUGUUCGCGACGACGGGUGCGAUCGGGCGUCUCUAAUCGAAUGUCGGCGCGACUAGUUUCCGCGCCAUGCCGCUCCACCACACACACGAACGGUCGCCUCGCCAGUAGUGCGUCAACGUCUUAUGAGGUGCUGACACGUGGCGGAUUAGCGCGCGUAUCAGCACGUGGCGUGCUGGAACGCGGUCAUGACAAGUCGUGUUGGUCGGGCGGAAGAGUCAAUCAUAUUGACACCACCACACCCCUGCACUCCGCGUCGCAUCGCCACUCCUGCUCUUUCCAUCCCCUACCACCUCCCUCUCACAUCGAACAACAUGUGACGAGAUCGCUCGGUUCGCAUAUUCACGAAAGUGGAUGUUGCGAAAGCUUGACGACGGGUAACCAGGCCGUUAGGGUUCGGGUUUCCACCCACUCUCCGCAGAGCCCUCCUCGCGUCGUGCUCCAUGGCCGCCACCGCCACAGUGCCGCCGCCAUCGCCGCCGCGUGUCUCAGCGCCGCAGGGUCCAGUAGAAGAACGACACGUGGCGCUUCGAGAGGCGGUGGGGCCAGCAGCGGUCAACGGGGCAGCGAUCGGUGGCGAGUGCGCGUGGCAGCGGGCAGCGCGGGCGGCAGCAGCGGCGACGAUGGCGCCGGCAGAAGCGGCGCCGCAGACGGGGCCUCACACCCGCUGGCCGCCCCUGCGCCGCCACCCGUUGUCCCCUCACCCGCAGCGGCGGCGGCGGCGGCAGCGGCGGGGAGAGGGCAGCACGUCGCGGGCGCGGACAGGGAGGACGGCAGUGCAACUCCGGGGAGAGGGGCCGCCACUGCCGCCGCCGUGGGCCAUGCGGAUACCGCCUCUGAAGCAGCCCCGCAACGGGCGGGUGCGGAGGGCGCGGGGGAGGAGCGCGCGGAGGGUUGGCCCGCGGAGGAAGAUCCGGACAUGGGCGCAGAGGCGGACGAGGGCAGCAGCGGGCGGUUCCGGGAGACGCUGCAGCUGGUGGAGACGGCGAUGCUGGCGGCGACGUCGGGGCUGGCGUUCUUCCUGGCCAACACCCUGCGCGUGGAGGGCUACCUCGGGUUCUUCUUCCCGCUCCCCGCCGUCGUCGCCUCCAUGCGCUGGGGCGCCAUGGCGGGGCUCCACACCGCGAUGUCGGCUGCCUUUCUGCUGCUCGUCCUCGCGGGGCCCAUCAAGGCAAUCAGCUUUCUCCUGCUGCACGGCUUCCUUGGCUCCACUCUCGGUCUCUGCUGGGGUCUCGGCCUCUCGUGGCCCAUCUCCAUCCUCGCCUGCACAUUCGUGCGUGCAGCGGGUGCGGUGUCCUUCGUGCUGCUCUCCUCGUGGCUCAUCCGGGAAAACAUACUCAAACUGAUCCUGAUGAACGUGCAGGCGUCGCUGUCGCAUGUGUUUGCAGGCAUCAGCGCCAGCCUCGUGCCAUCCUUCUCGCUCAUCACCGCCAUCUUCACCUCGCUCUUGCUGUUCAACUCUGCAACCUUUGCCCUUCUCCUGCACAUUCUCUACACGCUUUUCCUGCGACGGCUGGGGAUUGCAACACCAACACAGCUACCCAACUGGAUGGAGCGGUCGUUGUAACACAUCAUCUCAACCGCCUGUAGCGUUUCAACCAAAACAGUGUCAACAAAUCAAGGAGCACUAACCGCUUGAAGAUGAUUGAUAUUUCAGUCACAUAGGAUUUAGCAGCCUGGGGUCCUAGGAUUGAGUUGUCAUAAAAAAAUAUCAAUGCAAGUUUGGUUUUUUGGAGUAGUACCUUGUUCCUUAUGUUAUGA